GUGUCGUCAACGCGCUGUCUGUCGCUGGGAGUUUCGGACGGCUGCGUCCCAGUAGUCUUCGUGACUCGGUUCCGUUUCGCCUGUGGUUAGAAGCGCCGUUUUAGCAGGGCGAAUUCGAGCGUUGCUGGUGGUUUCCUUGAUUGAGAGCGGCACCACGUUUUUAAUUCAGCAUUCCGAUUCUCUUGACACUGCAGCGGCGCUUUUGAAGACAUGAGCGUGGAGGCAUACGGGCCGAGCUCGCAGACCCUCACUUUCUUGGAUACGGAAGAAGCGGAGCUACUUGGCGCCGACACCCAGGGCUCGGAGUUCGAAUUCACGGACUUCACGUUGCCCAGCCAGACACAGACACAAGGCCAAACUCAGAGUCAGCUCGACGGCCAGGUAAAUGGCCCAGAUGGUGUGCUGCAGAAUGGUUCAGUGGAUGAUGGUGUGGCCAAAGCUAGUCAGUUACUUGCUGAGCUGAAUUUUGAGGAAGAUGAAGAGGACACCUACUAUACUAAGGAUCUCCCAGUGCAUGCCUGCAGCUACUGUGGCAUCCAUGACCCAGCUUGUGUCGUAUACUGCAACACCAGUAAGAAAUGGUUUUGUAAUGGGCGUGGUAAUACAUCAGGAAGCCACAUUGUGAAUCAUCUUGUGCGAGCAAAGUGUAAGGAGGUGACUCUACAUAAAGAUGGACCACUGGGAGAGACUGUACUUGAGUGCUACAAUUGUGGUUGCCGCAAUGUUUUUUUGCUAGGUUUCAUCCCUGCCAAGGCUGACUCUGUAGUUGUUCUGCUGUGCAGGCAACCCUGCGCUAGUCAGAGCAGCUUAAAAGAUAUUAACUGGGACAGCUCGCAGUGGCAGCCCUUGAUCCAGGACCGGUGCUUUCUUUCAUGGUUGGUCAAGAUCCCAUCUGAGCAAGAGCAAUUGAGGGCUCGGCAGAUCACUGCCCAACAGAUUAAUAAGCUGGAAGAGUUGUGGAAGGAGAACCCAUCUGCCACUCUAGAAGACCUAGAGAAGCCUGGAGUGGAUGAGGAACCACAGCAUGUUUUACUGCGUUAUGAAGAUGCCUAUCAGUAUCAAAAUAUUUUCGGGCCAUUGGUGAAGCUUGAGGCAGAUUAUGAUAAAAAGCUCAAGGAGUCUCAGACGCAGGAUAACAUUACUGUACGAUGGGAUCUGGGACUGAACAAGAAAAGAAUUGCUUACUUCACAUUGCCCAAAACUGAUUCAGAUAUGCGUCUCAUGCAGGGUGAUGAGAUCUGUCUACGCUAUAAAGGAGACCUGGCUCCACUGUGGAAAGGGAUUGGACAUGUCAUCAAAGUUCCAGACAAUUAUGGGGAUGAGAUUGCAAUUGAACUGAGGAGCAGUGUCGGUGCACCUGUUGAAGUGCCACAUAAUUUCCAGGUUGACUUUGUGUGGAAAUCGACAUCUUUCGAUAGAAUGCAGAGUGCUCUGAAGACAUUUGCUGUAGAUGAGACAUCAGUGUCAGGGUAUAUUUACCAUAAAUUGCUGGGACAUGAAGUGGAGGACGUCAUCAUCAAGUGUCAGUUGCCAAAGCGCUUCACCGCACAGGGCUUACCAGACCUCAAUCACUCUCAGGUUUAUGCUGUCAAGACAGUCCUGCAGAGACCCCUCAGUCUCAUCCAAGGACCUCCUGGAACUGGCAAGACUGUCACAUCAGCCACCAUAGUCUAUCAUCUGGCACGACAAGGCAAUGGGCCAGUUCUGGUGUGUGCACCAAGCAACAUUGCUGUGGAUCAGCUAACUGAGAAGAUUCAUCAAACCGGGCUUAAGGUUGUACGUCUUUGUGCCAAGAGCCGCGAGGCCAUUGACUCUCCUGUGUCCUUCCUGGCCCUGCACAACCAAAUCCGUAAUAUGGAUAGCAUGCCAGAGCUUCAGAAACUGCAACAGCUUAAGGAUGAAACAGGUGAGCUGUCAUCGGCAGAUGAGAAGCGCUACCGAGCCCUGAAGCGUACAGCAGAGAGAGAGCUACUUAUGAAUGCUGAUGUAAUCUGCUGUACCUGUGUUGGUGCUGGGGACCCCCGCCUAGCAAAGAUGCAGUUUCGUUCUAUUCUUAUCGAUGAGAGUACACAAGCAACAGAACCAGAGUGCAUGGUGCCUGUUGUACUUGGGGCCAAACAGCUUAUCCUUGUGGGUGACCAUUGUCAGCUGGGACCUGUUGUAAUGUGCAAAAAGGCAGCCAAGGCUGGCUUAUCGCAGUCCUUAUUUGAGCGCCUAGUUGUCCUUGGCAUUCGUCCUAUUCGCCUUCAGGUGCAAUACCGUAUGCAUCCUGCCCUUAGCGCCUUUCCCUCCAACAUAUUCUAUGAAGGUUCACUGCAAAAUGGAGUCACAGCAGCUGACCGUGUCAAGAAGGGCUUUGAUUUUCAGUGGCCACAGCCAGACAAGCCUAUGUUCUUUUAUGUCACCCAGGGUCAGGAGGAGAUUGCAAGCUCAGGAACAUCAUACUUGAACAGGACUGAGGCUGCUAAUGUAGAAAAGAUAACCACGAAGCUUCUAAAGGCUGGAGCCAAGCCUGACCAAAUUGGUAUCAUUACACCCUAUGAAGGCCAGCGCUCCUAUCUGGUGCAGUACAUGCAAUUUAGUGGCUCCUUGCACACAAAGCUCUAUCAGGAGGUAGAGAUUGCUAGUGUUGAUGCCUUUCAGGGUCGAGAAAAGGAUUUUAUAAUUUUGUCUUGUGUCCGAGCAAAUGAACAUCAAGGCAUUGGAUUUUUAAAUGACCCUAGACGACUAAAUGUAGCCCUUACCAGGGCAAGGUAUGGUGUGAUAAUUGUAGGCAACCCUAAAGCUCUAUCUAAGCAACCGCUGUGGAACCACCUUUUGAACUAUUACAAGGAACAGAAGGUGCUGGUGGAAGGUCCCCUAAACAAUCUUCGUGAGAGCCUCAUGCAGUUCAGCAAACCCCGCAAACUUGUUAACACUAUCAACCCUGGGGCACGAUUUAUGAGCACUGCCAUGUAUGAUGCCAGAGAAGCACUUAUCCCAGGAUCAGUUUAUGACAGAAGUAGCCAGGGGCGUCCUUCAAACAUGUAUUUUCAAACACAUGAUCAGAUUGGAAUGAUUGGAGCUGGACCCAGCCAUGUUGCAGCAAUGAACAUCCCCAUUCCAUUCAAUCUGAUGAUGCCACCAAUGCCUCCACCUGGGUACUUUGGGCCAGCUAAUGGUCCAGCAGUAGGAAGAGGUGCUAUGAAGGGGAAGGCUGGCCGUGGAGGACGGCAGAGUCGCCGUGGACUUGGGAAUCAGGGUGCUGGUCAGUCCAACCUGCCUAACAGUCAGGCUAGCCAGGAUGUUGCUUCACAACCUUUCUCACAGGCUCCUCUGACCCAGGGAUACAUCUCAAUGAGCCAGCCCUCACAAAUGAGCCAGCCAGGGCUGUCCCAACCUGAGCUGUCACAGGACAGUUACCUGGGUGAUGAAUUCAAGUCCCAGAUUGAUGUGGCUUUGUCACAGGACUCGACUUAUCAGGGUGAACGAGCAUACCAACAUGGCGGGGUGACCGGACUGUCACAGUACUAGAGUUUUGUGGAAAGAGGAGCUAAGCUUGAGAUGGGCUUAGUUCGUCAGUAUUUUAAUCUGGGUUAUUAAAAAAAAAACAAAAAACGGAUACCUGUUUUCCACUGCUACAACUGAAGCACCACUGUGUGAAAGCAACAGGAGAGAGAGAGAGAAACAAACCAAUCACGAGAGAAAGACAAGACGGACAGAGGGGCGAGAGAAAGAGAGGGAGCCAGAGGGAAGACCCUGCUAGCACACUGAGGCACGGAGACACGCAGGAGAACUCGCAGCGUGCGUAGCAGCGCCUGUUGCGGAAUGGCAGGGACCUGAUCUUGUUCCUCCCUGUAACACAAAAGCCUCGCCGCCCGCCCCACCCCACCCCCCCACACCUAAGCCCCACUCCCACCCUUUUUUUCUACAUUGAAUGACAGAUUGACUGAGGACCUUACUGUGCUGACCAGCGAAUGGUGAAGGUGAGAGGACCUCAUGCAGUUUCUCAGAUCAUUCUUUACUCUGUUUUUCUGUAUGCAAAAUAAAGGGGGGGUGUAAAGCGCAGAGAAAGCAGAAAAAUUGGGGGGGAUUAUCCUGACACCCAAAACUGCAAUGUUAUAAGGAGAGGAAGGUGCGUGCUGCACAGAAGCUGCUCCUGGGAUGUCAAGCUUUGAGUUGCAAAGUUUUUUUUUUUUUUUUUUUUCUUUUUUAUUCCUUUUUUUUUUUUAAAUAUAUAGAUAUACAUAUUUAAACACUUGGUAAGGAAAUUCAUAGUUUGCGGUGGCAAAUCAAGACACGUUCAAAGUUUGCCUGCUCAAAAAUUGCUCUUUUGUAGAGGAUUUUUAAUUUUUAAACAGAAUCUGAGUUUGAAAUGAGCAUUUAAGCAAGGACCCUUGUCUCUUGGCAUUGGAAGGGAAGAGUCCCUGAGCCACCUAAUCUUUGGGGACAAAAUAUGAUGCUUCCUUGGGAGAAAAAAACAAAGUGAAUUUAAAUUAUUGGUGUAUAUUUUUAGUUGCUGCAGCAAUGACUCUAGUGAUUGACUGUAAAAGCAGUAAAAUGGAAGAGAAAAACAUACAGUGCCCACUCCACCUCAAGGUGGGCCUGCUUAAUUCCAGUUUUUGGGGGAAAGUAGAGUUAACAAGCAUUUUCUUUUUCAUUUUUUCCAGUUCUCUCUAAAGCUUUCAAUUGGCAAAUGUUAUGAAAAUGGGUGAAAGAGGGGAAGGGCAAAGGUAAUCCUGUUGCCCACAUGGACAGUAAAAUAUAAUUUGUAUUGGUGAGGAUGCCUGAAGAUGUCCUAGAGUUACAUGAGUUAACUAGGAGUUAAAUGAAUCUUCCCUGUUAGUCACUCUAGAGCCAGAAGGCGAGACCAGGCCUCUCACCAAAAAAAAAAACGUGUAGGAUACAUCUUUUACCCCCCUUCUCCCCUCAACUGUUUGUGACUCCCCAUACUCAUUGUUUAAACACACACACACACACACACACACACACAAACCAGAAAACCUGUUUUUUGGGGUACAGCUUUAAGAAAGUAUCCUGCAGAAGAUGACUUUUGCAUGAAUAAAAUGUUUGUCGCCUUGUACCUGGAAUUUCUUUCAUUCCCUCACAUUUGGCUCCACCCCACACGUUUGUUUUGUUAUGUAUUGUGUUAAAAAAGCUUCCCAAUUAAUUGUUCCCUCAUUUUUCUGACUUGCCCGUAAUUUUUGCUAUAACGUCACUUUUCUUGCCCUGCCAGCUAUUUGUCAACCUGGAAAGAAACUUUUUUCCACACUUUAUUUAUAUGAAAAAGCAGAUGAAUUUAUUUUUAUGAAAUAUCAGUACAGAAUGUAAAUUGUUCUUGCUGUAAUCCUACCCCAAUAUGUAAUGUUAAUGUUCAGCUAGUCCAUUUAAAAAGGGAUGAGAUUCUUUUCUACAUCUCAGCUUUCUUUACAUCUGAUAUCAGCCUGGAAUUCAAAUCUGUUAAAGGGACAACAAUUGAACACACUGUUAAAAAAAAAAAAAUAAUAAUAAAUAAUUGUGAUUUGUGAUUUUUAGUUUGGAUCUGUGAGGCAUUUUCAAACUCUGAGAAAUACAGCAAAGGGAGGGCACUCUUAUUUCUCAAUUCAGCCAAAGCUAAGUGAAGAUUUGCAAAUGGCAGAUUAGCAGAUGGUCUCCCACAGAUUGCUCAUCCCCUGCCCGGCCAUCUCAUUGAGACGGAAUUCCGUGAGUAUCAUGGAUACUCCCCUUUAAAUUCCAGGCUACAUUUUAUUUUCGAGUGGUUGUUCUUGUAGCUUCCAUCUGUUGUAAGCUUGUGAAGUGGCAACUCCCUAAUCUUCAACCCUUGACUAGUUGAGUCCACCUUCUCCUACCGUAACCCCUGUUUUUUUUAAUAAAGAACGCAUCAUCAGUUAUUUCCUUGGUUUUGUAGCAGCAGCGUUUACAUUUUUAAAUCCAAGGUCAAGGUCAAAUUUUACAGCAUUACAUGACCAAAGUUUUGGUGUCCUUUCCAUUUUUGUUGAUUUUUUUUUCUGAUUUUUCUUCUUAAGUUUUAAACAAGUCUUUAAUAAAAUUAUGUAGACUGUA